AUGAAUCCAGCAAGUCGACAUAAUGCCCAGCUAGAAAAUGAUGAUGAAGAGCGUGAUUUAGACGCUGCUACUAAAUUUGAUGCAAAUGAAAAAUCGCAACGAGGAGGUGGAAAAUUUAAUGAUGAACGUAAACAACGUCAAGUAAUGGAUAAAGUUUCACUUUCAGCGACUAAAAUGAUUGAGUAUAAAAAGGAUGAUGGAAAAUAUGAGAAGAAACCGUUUACUUCCGAAAAGAAAAUUCAUUCUCAAAAAGUAAUGACAUCAGAAUUAAAUGACGUUAGAAAAGGUGGAAAUAAAAAGUUUGAGAAGGAAAAGAAGGUGGAUGCUAUAGACGUUUCCCCUCCACCAGAACCUCUACCUCCACAAAAUGUAAAAGCUCCGACACCUAUACAAAGUCGCAAAAAUAGUGCUGGUGGAAGAGCUAGUGUUGAUAGGGCAGUAUCUGUUCAAAGCAGUGAACAAGGGGAUAAAGGAGAAAGAAAAUUUAAAUUGGACCUAAAUGCCCCUUCAUUCGUUCCUUCUUCAAAACCAACAACAAAAGUUGCUGAAUCAACUACAAUUAUUAAUACAAAUAAUAACAAUAAUAAUAAUAAUGUUUCUUCUGCUCCAACACCAAUGAUUCCUAAUAAUAGUUUAGUUGUUUAUAAUAAUAAUACUAUUGGCACUACAACUUCAACAAAUAAUUUGGCAACUAUAGCUACUAAUUUUGGAAAUAAUUUUGUGACAAAUCAAGUAGCAACUUUUGUUCCUGUUCCGGCUGCGUCUUUACAACAAUUUCAAUAUGCUCAACUUCAACACCAACCGCCAAUAGCACAAGCACAGGUUCCUCUUACCCAUCAACCAAUGUUGACAAAUCAUAAUCUUUCGCAAAGUCCUUCGGUUCAGCCGCAACAGCAACAUGUGCAACAGGUGACUAUACCAGCAACUGUUCAUCAACAGCAACACAUAUUUCAACAGCAGCAACAAGCAGCUGGAUUUUAUGCAACGGGUACUGAUUCAGCUAAUCUUUCCGGUUAUGUUUUGAAUUGGGGUGCUACUGCUGGAAAUAAUUUUAUGGCGAACCAAGUAACAACUUUUGCUCCUGUUCCUGCUGCGUCUUUACAGCAAUUUCAAUAUGCUCAACUUCCACACCAACCGCCAAUAGCACAAACACAGCCACCUCCUACCCACCACACAAUGCCACCAAAUCAUACGCUUUCACGAAGCCCUUCUGUUCAAGCACAACAGCAACAUGUGCAACAAGUGACUAUACCAGCAACUGUUCAUCAACAACACUUAUUUCAACAGCAGCAACAAGCAGCUGGAUUUUAUGCUUCAACGGGUACUGAUGCAACUAAUCUUUCCGGUUAUGUUUUGAAUUGGGGUGCUCCUGCUGGAAAUAAUUUUAUGACGAAUCAAGUGGCAACAUUUGUUCCUAUUCCUGCUGCAGCUUUACAACAAUUUCAGUAUGCUCAACUUCAACAUCAGCCUCCAAUUCCACAUUCACAGCCACCACUUCCACAUCAACCCCCACCAACUCAUACACUUUCACGAAGUUCUUCAGUUCAGCCGCAACAACAUGCUCAACAAACUAAUAUGCAAGUGGCAACAGCACAUCAACCACAACAACAACGCUACUUUCAAAUUAAAUACCCCAAUUAA